AUGGCCAAGCCCAUCUUCAAAAGAUACCGCUACAUCAAAAGACAUCGAAGACCAUUGUAUAGAAAGCACUCACGCUGCUCUAGCAUCAAUUUUGGCCAUGGAAAUUACUCCCUUUACAUAAACAGGGUUCUGAAGGAAGUUGUCCCCAAGAGAGGUAUAUCAUCUCAUUCUGUGGACAUCAUGAAUAUCCUGAUCAAUGACAUCUUCGAACGCAUCGCUACGGAAGCCUGCCAGCGGAUGUUCAUCAGAAAGCGCUGUACCCUCACCCCAGAUGAUAUCCAGAAGGCUGUGUAUCUGCUGCUGCCAAAGAAGCUGGCCAAGCUUGCUGUGACCUUUGGAACUAAAGCAGUCCACAGAUUCAUCCAUUCCUAA